CCUGCCUGCCAAUACUAGCCACGGACAUGGUAUCCUCCCCCGUCACAAGCGGAGCCAAGUUAGCUGGUGACUCCAGAAAUUUUCGCUGUAGCGUCUGCGAUAAAGCCUACACUAAGUUAGAGCAUCUUACGGUACGUUGUAAUCCUUACCCGUGGCAUUAUACCUCGACGCUAAAAUCAGCUCUAGAGACAUAAGAGAACACAUACAAAUUUGAAACCAUUUCUCUGCACGCAAUGUAAUAAAUCUUUUGGCAGACAGGAUGUGCUGAAUCGGCAUAGAAAGCUGCAUACGAGCAGGCGCGCCCACGCUCCCAACGCCAGUAUGGCACUUCAGCAGCAAGCUAUGACCAGCAAUGCAGUGCUUCCCGAAACACCGACAUCCCCUUUAAAUUCCCUAAGGUCGGUGAAUCUCGACUCAGAGCAACCCAGGCUUUUCGACCAGUCUCUCCUCGCUAGCCCCUAUACGCAUGAAUCGGAUAAUCUCCUUGACUGGCUGCUACCAGAUUUUAACAACAGUUCGUCGCUGCUAUUACCCAUGGCAGACAUCUCGGAUAAUUCCUAUCCACUGAUUUCAGCUUUAAGCUGUCUACGCUCGGUACCCCCAGCGGAUAGCCAGGGGAGCCAAGGGAGCCCGGGCCAGCAUGCGGUGGACGAACUUCACAAGCUCAUCGAUGAUCUAUCUACGAGACUUAACAGUAACUUACGCAACACUGGAGUUACCCCUCCGUUCGUGGAUGUGUGUCUAAGAGAAUUUUUUGGGCGAGUAUCUCCCUCCUUUCCGAUCAUCCACGAGCCUACGUUCUCCGUGCGGGACUGUAUCUCCCCUCUGUUGCUGAAUAUGGUUGCUCUGGGUUCUCUUUUUGUCUGUGUCACCGAUGCUGUGGAGCAAGGAGAGAUACUGUGGAAACUGGGGCAUACCGCGGUCGCAGCCUCCUGGCAGAGCCUGAUCAAACUGCGAGGGUCGCAGGACCAGUGUGAUGGUAUCCAGUUAGUCCUAACGGCUCUUCUGGGGCAAACAUACGCAUUACUUUCUCGCAAUCCCAGUAUUCGGACAACCGCCUUUGUCUUCCAUGGAUUAGGUUUUUAUUGGGCAAGGACGUCUGGCAUGUACACAGUGGAUGAUCUUCAACUAGCAACUAUACCCAAAGUGGAAGCAGAACCAGCAGUCAAGGAGACCGCCUGGCGCAUUUGGGUGGCCGCAGAAGUUCAACAGCGAGCAGUACUCGGACACUAUAUUUUGGACGGGCUCAUUUCACGAGCGUCAGGCUCCGCCGCUAGCGCUCGUCAUCUCACAAAUAAAAUCAGCGUCGCAUGUUCCGACGCUGCAUUCAUGGCCGAGACGGCCGACGAGUGGAUUCUUCAAAUGGAGCAGACAGAGCAUGUGCGGAUUCCAUUUUCGGAGCUUUUCAUCAGAAUAUGUGCAAACGAUUACACCAAAGCACCAUUAGAGCUCUCGCGACUUUCCAUCGCGGUCUUGCUCGAAGGACUGCAAUCAUUGAUCGCCGAACUACACGAUGUUGAUAGCCCUGCUUUGGGAAUCAUUACACGCUCACAGAUCUUCCAAGGUCUUCUAAACAUUUAUGAGGGCAAUCUCUGCAACUCCCGCAGCAUCGACUCCCUCCAGACUUUAAUCUGCUGGCAUGCCGUGUGUAUCGAGCUUUCCACCCCGACUAUAUUUCUCUACCGCCGCAUCUGCGACGCGUAUGAAUUACCGCUAGUCCUCAGCGGUAUUCCCGUCAAAGGCUUGCCGCGCCACUUCAACCUCACCAAUUGGGCUCAAAGUGUCGAAGCGUUCCGAGCCGUUCUCCAUGCGGUCUCCAUAAUACGUCUGUUGAACGAAAUACCCAGCGGUCAUACUCACGAAAUCCAUAUUCCCGGCUGCCUCUUUGCAUCUGCCAUGAUUCUCAUAGCUGUUCACCUUGGGAAUAAGAGCAGGGUCAAAAUACCCAAAAAUCUGCGAUGGCACGAUGUGUGGGUUGGUAUCAUAGCGGAAUGCGAUUUGGCCGGUGAAGCUCAAACAAGAGAGGACAUCGAUAAUAUGUCUGCUUCGGCUUCUACCUUGACCUCUGCUUCUCCUAGUCCUGUUGACUUCAGCGGGGCCAAGGAACUAAUCAAUUCGUUGAAUCCAACCGGCGAGAAUGAUGCAAUGACCUCGGUGAAUUUACUACACGAGGUGAAUACUUUACAGAUCAAUUUGAAGACAGUUGCCUCGCGGUGGUUAAUUUCGGCAGAGAUGGAGGAUAUUAUUGGGCGAUUGGCGAGGCUUCCUAGGCAAUAAUUAAUAAAGAGUCGAGCCCAAAGAAAGUAUGCUACUUUCUAACCCAGUCAGUGGAAUAACAUUCAAUACGAUAACAUUAUCGACUCGUCAACAUUGUGUCAAUAAUAGCCUUUUUCAAGUCUUUUUAAUCGUUACUUCCACCCACAUUUAUCGUUUCC